AGAAAAGCGGCUAAGGUACUCUCGUCGUUUAUAAAGCCUAACCAAUUGGCUGGGCCCGAAAAUAUCAUUCCUCCCAAUGUAUUGAAAAAUGCUAAAGGUUUGGCUGUCAUCACAGUUUUGAAAGCCGGCUUUUUGUUUUCAGGGAGAGCCGGUUCCGGUGUCAUCGUAGCCCGUUUGCCGGACGGAUCCUGGUCGCCUCCUUCAGCCAUUGUUACUGCCGGUGCCGGUGUUGGUGGCCAGAUUGGAGCUGAGUUGACCGAUUUCGUCUUCAUCUUAAACACCAAGUCAGCUGUGGACUCGUUUGCUCAGUUUGGUUCUGUGACUUUGGGUGGUAACGUUUCUGUUGCUGCUGGUCCUUUAGGUAGAAACGCUGAGGCUGCGGGUACUGCCUCGUUAAAGAGUGCCUCUGCUGUAUUCUCAUAUUCCAAGACCAAGGGUUUGUUUGCUGGUAUAUCUUUGGAGGGUUCCGCUAUCGUUGAAAGAAGAGAAGCCAACAGAAAGUUUUACGGUAGCAAUUGUAAGGCCAGAAACAUCUUGGCUGGUGAAGUAGAGGCUCCUCCAGCUUGUUCGUCUUUGAUGAGAGUGUUAGAGUCACGUGUGUUCAACAACAGACAACCCUACGAUGACGACGAUUUCUAUAACGACGAUUACUACGACGACAUUCCAGACGACUUUUCCGGCUCAACCUCGCCAUCUUCUACCAGAAGAGGCAGUACCAGAACCGGAGGACGUGGCGGAAGCCGUAGAGGUAGCAGAUACUCGGAAGACGAAGAAGAUUAUUCCGACGACGACGAUGAUGACUACAAUUACUCCAAUAGACGAAGAACUAACUCGCCUGGAGCUCGUAGAUCAGGAUGGGAAGACGAUGUCUAUGACAAAAAUAGUAGCGAUAGAAGAAGAAACCAAGGCAGUAGUGAUGUAGACAACUUGGGUUCUAGGCUCAACAAUACCCGUUUGAAUAGCGGCCCUACCAGACCUCCUACUGGCUCCAAGCCCAACUUUGGUGGAACUCCAAAGACAAACACAAACCAAGCCAUAGCCUUGUACACUUUCAAGGGAGAACAAAGUGGAGACUUGCCAUUCAAGAAGGGCGAUGUCAUUGACAUUAUCAGAAAGACCGAAACCGUAGACGACUGGUGGACCGGCAGAAACAACGGGGUCACAGGUAUCUUCCCUGCCAACUAUGUGGAGUUGAUCUAA